AUGAAGAUCUUGUGUAGUUUGGUAGUUUUGGCACAGAUUGCUGUUUGUGUAAAGAGCAGUAGAUACGAUAUGAAAAAUUAUGAAUUAAUGCCGCCGUUACAUAAGCACGACAGUUAUUUUGAUUGCACAAAGCAAUUUAAAGAAAAGGCAGUUUAUUGUGUAGCGAAAACUUAUAUAAAGCCAGACAAUAAUUCAGAAGUAUGGAGGUACAUAAAGGAAUACUCGUCACACAAGAUACAUUUUUUUAGACACGAUACCGUCACGCGAGGUGUGUGCAUGAAUCGCUGUGAAAAACAGCUGACUCAACAGAAGCCGCAACAACAGCGAGUUACGUUAACGUUCGACAUCGACAGUGCGAUUUACCAUCCAGGUAUUGAGUUGCAUGCGACGACGAAAGAGCAGCGGAUCGUUUAUCACGAGGCAAUUAACCGAUGCGUGAAUCAGGAAAUGCUGAACGAGUACGGACUCGAAUCUUGGUCGGAAAUUGAGUUUUGUAACACGAACGAGUCGGAAUCGUUUUCCAUUGAUCUCUUGGAUUUCUUUGCUCUUGUCGUGGUUUUGUCGCUAAUUGCAUUGACGCUCAUCGGAAGUCUUUAUGACGCUCAAUUACGUGAUGAGGGAGGGAAAAAUCCCGAACAUUAUCGGAAAUUUCCCAUUAAUUCAAAUCGAACACUUUUGGCAUUUUCUGUCGUUCGAAAUUGGAAUCAACUUGUGAACCAUCCUGAACCGGUGAACAAUAAUCGACCGCCAGCAGAUGAUUUUACUUAUUUUGAGUCCAUUAAAAUCAUUGUGAUGCUUGGAAAUACUGCAGUUCACAUUUUAUGCAUUCUUUGUAUGUUACCCUCACAAAAUCACGAGAUGCUGGAAUCACAUGCACAAAAUGUUAGUUAUACAGCUUUUGCGGGCUCGACAUUUACAAAUCAAGUUUAUCUGGCGAUCGCGGGUUUUCUAUUGACUUUAGCGCCUGCCAAACAAAUUAAGCAUGGAAAAGUUUUAACGACGUCAGAUUUUUGGGACGCCUUGAAAAAACGAUAUUUGAGACUGACACCUUUGCAUGCUUUUGCCAUUUUAAUGGAAGCUACUUGGGUGAGCAAAGCUUAUAAUGGACCAAUUUGGGCUCAACUUGCAGGACAGGAAAGAGCUUCAUGUCGAGCGAAUUGGUGGACUAAUUUGUUGUACAUUAAUAAUUUUGUUGGAGCUGGAGAGCCUUGUAUUUUGCCAACGUGGUAUUUAGCAACUGACAUGCAACUUUUUAUCAUGCGAUUCAUACUUUUGGCGAUCAUCUCUCGUAUUCCGAGACGUAAAUCACUCAUUUUCAGUACAAGUCUCUUCAUCACCUUCCUUAUUCCGGGUUAUAUUGUCUACAAAUAUCAUCUUGAUGGAUUAUAUGUUGGAACGAUUGAGGCUGCUCGUUACUUCUAUCGUCACGAAAAUUCAUACAAAUACUUCCACAUUCCAUUUUACGCCAACAUGGGCAGCUAUAUUUUCGGCAUGUUAACAGCUUUCAUCUAUCUUUUCAUGUUCCUAUGGCGUUCCGUGGUCCCAUUGAUUGUCUUUGGUAUCUUCGGGGCUCCGUUAAUCUUCCUCGAGUACGAAUUCAAAAAACCCUCGUUGUGGAUCUCAAUUUACGGCGCCUUUCAUCGCAAUAUGUGGGGCUGGAUGCUCGGCGUGAUCAUUUUAGGUUACAGUGCUGGCAUGGGAGGACAAUGGAAAGACUUUUUCAAUGCUUCCGUGUUUCGACCUUUAGGAAAAAUUAAUUUUGGAUUCUAUUUGACGCACAUUACGAUCAUAAAAUUGAUGUUGGGUGACAUGUAUGAACCACAUCACAUGAGUUUUUCCAAAAUUGUGUGUUUAACAACCUUUGUGACAGGCUUUUCGUAUCUUUCGGGAGCGGUAGUUCAUAUUUUGGUUGAAUUACCAGCAGCGAAUUUGCAGAAAGAAUGGCAGUCUAAACCAAAAGUCGAGGCAAAAGUUGUAGAUCGUGUAGAUCAAAAUGGGAAUAACAUACAAACAAAAAAUUUGAAUGGAUUUCUAUCAGAAACACAGGAAAUGAUGGUAAAUGGCACUGUAAAGAAAAAAGAUUUUUAG